UAUAAUAACUGUCGCCUAUUAAGUAUCUUAUAUAUUAGUACCAAUGCUUAACAGCGGAUUAGGGAAGAAAUAAUUCCAUUGGUAUAAAUCACUAGCAUUUAUCACUUAAUAAUAAAGGCUCCAAAUGGCAUUCACGGCGAAAGAUAUUAACUCCCACAUUCCAUUUUAAUAUAUUACAGCAGUUUGUUGAGAUUUUAAUCGAUGAGGGCGAGAGCAUGACAAAAUCUUUAAAAAAUGCAAGAGGCACUUUUAUAAAAGAUUUAGUACCAUUUGUUAGUGAACAUACACUGAACGCAAUAUGUGAAACUGCUAUGGGGACUUCUCUACAAAAAAUGGGUACAUUUCAACAGCAGUAUCGAAAAGCCGUUUACCGGAUGGGUAAACUUUUAUUUUAUAGGUAAUGUAUAAUAAGUAUUUAUAGUAUAUUUAAAUGCUAUCACGAGAUAUAAAUUAAUAUAAAAUAAGCACGUAAUAAUAAAUAAUUAUAUUUAAUAAAACAUUAUUGAAGCCGACAAUCAACAGUCUAAAUUAUAUCUAUAUUGUUGUUUACUUUCAUAUAUAGAUUAAUUAAUAACUGUUUUAAACGCUGGAGUAUGUAUGUAUAUAUAUUAUAACAAGAUAAUGUACCUAAAACUUUGUCAAAUCUAAAGACAUUAUCUUCGAGGUAGAAGUCUUUAACUUAAAUUAGUAAAAUAUUCAUUGAAAUUCCAGCAUAUAUUCUUUAAUAUAUAUUUCAUUUUAAUGUUACAAACACUAUAACGUUUUCAAAUUCAUAUACAUGACAUGCAAUCGUAUGUAUCAUUUAAAGCAAUGAGACCGUGGUUCAAAAAUUCUUGGGUAUUCUCGUUAUCGCCAAGAGGUAAAGAACAAGCAAAGCUCCUAAAGAUAUUGCACGGAUUUACUGAGAAAAUUAUUGCAGAAAGAAAAGAUUAUCAUAAACGCACCAAUGGACAAUAUAUGAGCAACUUUAGCAAAGAUGCAGUGGCAGAUGAAACAGAAACCAUUGGAAUUAAAAAGAGACGACUGGCUAUGUUGAACCUCUUAAUACAGGCAGCUCAAGAAGGUCUUUUAACUGAUGUUGAUAUUAGAGAGGAAGUCAAUACUUUUAUGUUUGAGGGUUUUGAUACUACAGCAAUGGCUAUGUGCUAUACUUUAUCACUGCUUGCUGAACAUAAAGAUAUCCAAGAUUGUGUCAGAAAAGAAAUCAAUGCUGUUAUGCGAGAGAAUCAAGGGAAACUUACCAUGAAGUCAUUGCAAGAUCUGCAGUAUUUAGAGAGAUGUAUAAAAGAAACGUUGCGUUUAUAUCCCAGUGUUUUCUUCAUAUCACGGAUUACUUCAGAAGAAAUACAAUUACAAACAUAUUUGAUACCUGCUGGAACAAUAGUGACGCUUCAUUUCUACAUGACCCAUAGAGAUCUUAAUUUUUGGCCAAAUCCAGAAAUAUUUGAUCCAGACAGAUUUUUACCUGAAAAUAUUCGAAACCGUCAUCCUUACUCGUACUUACCAUUCAGUGUUGGACCCCGUAAUUGCAUCGGUCAACGAUUUGCUUUAUUGGAGUUAAAGGCGAUGAUAGCUCCUCUCAUUCAUAAUUUCUAUUUGGAGCCUGUUGAUUACUUAAAGAACCUACGAAUUGGAAUAGAUCUGAUACUUCGUCCUCUUAAUCCACACCGUCUAAAAUUUAUUCCAAUCGCCACAAAAUACAUAUAAGUAUUUAAAGACAAUUUAAAUUUUAAGAAACGUGAAAAUGACGUAUUAUAUUAAAAAAUGAAGAAAAUUACAAUUCUUAUUAUAUGCAAUUGUAGAUACAGAUUAACAAUAAAAAUAUACAUAUA